AUGUUGUUUUUAUGCUUAGUCCUCUUUAGUACUAUAAUCUUAUAUUAUUUCGGGACUAGAAACCACGACCAUUGGAAGAAAAGAGGCAUUCCAUACGAAAAACCUUUGCCGUUCUUCGGAAGCAACCUCAAGUUCGUGUUCGAAGGCAACGGUUUCGUGCAGCGUUUCAUCAAUUUUCACAACAAAUAUCCCAGAGAAAAAUGCGUCGGCUACUUUCAAGCGAACGCUCCCAUGCUGCUGGUCCGAGAUCCCGAGAUGAUCAAGAGCAUCCUGGUGACGGACUUCCGGUACUUCCAUCACAGAGGGCUGGCCCCCCAUAAAGAGAUCACGGAGCCUCUGAUGAAGAACUUGUUCAUCGUGGACGGCGACCUGUGGAAGCUCUGUCGACAGAAAAUGAGCCCGGCCUUCUCCACAGCCAAACUGAAGGCCAUGUUCCCCAUGAUCGUGGUUCAAGCCGAAAAGCUGAUCAACGUCAUCGAUAGCAGUGUUCAAAGUGGUUCCAAGGAAAUGGACGUUCGCGAACUGAUGGCUCGGUACACCACCGAUUUCAUAGGCGUCUGCGGCUUCGGAAUCAAUACCGAUACGUUGCAAGAUGACGCCAACGAAUUCCGUGAGCUCGGCCGGCGCAUUUUUCAGAGACAGCUCCGAGAUAUAAUUGUCGGUAUUUUAAAAGUAACUUCACCGACCCUCUUCAAGAACCUACACGUCCUGGGGCCGGAUAUCACGAACCCCACGGUACAUUUGGUGAAAUCUAUAAUGAAACAGAGAAAUUAUGCUCCAUCGGGUAGGCACGACUUCAUAGACUUCAUGCUGGAGCUAAAGCAAAAGGGUAAUAUUGUGGGGGAGUCUAUUGAGAAGGUAAACGCCGACGGGACAUCCGCAAUCGUAAGUAUAGAAGUUGACGACGAGCUGAUCGCCGCACAGGCGUUCGUAUUUUUUGCUGCUGGAUUUGAAACGUCAUCUUCCAGUAGCAGUUUUCUGUUACAUCUGCUGGCGUAUCAUCCAGAGGAGCAGAAGCGGUGUCAGAAGGAGAUUGAUGAUGUUUUAAAGAAAUACGACGGAAAAUUGUGCUACGACGCCGUUAGGGACAUGAAAUACCUCGAAAUGGCAUUCAAAGAGAGUCUUCGUAUAUUUCCUCCUGUUGGGGUUUUGGCAAGAAAGAACGUUGCGAAGUACACCUUUCCUGGCACAGAUGUCACGAUCGAUGAAGGCACAGGGAUCAUAAUGUCCAUCCACGCCAUACAAAACGACGAACAAUAUUUCAAGAGCGCAGAUGAAUUUAUACCAGAGAGAUUUCAUCCGGACAAUGCUAAAAACAUCAACAAAUUUACAUUUCUACCGUUUGGAGACGGCUCGCGAGCUUGUAUAGGUGAGAGGAUGGGUCAGAUGCAGGCGCUGGCAGGCGUGGCGACAGUGCUCAGCCGGUUCACAGUCACGCCGUCGGCGCGGACCGUGCGCACGCCGAGAAUUGACCCAACCUCGACAAUAGUUUCGAGCAUUGCAGAGGGGCUUCCUUUGAUGAUGAGCCGAAGAGAGGGAUACUAAAAUUAAAUCUUACGUAAUUUCAAAGAUGAUGUGUUUGAUCUUGAUUCUGUUUGAUCCUAGGAAAUCUUCAAUGCCUGGUAUCUGAGCCUUUUUUUGACAGAAGUUUAU